CGUCCUCCGAAAAGCUUGUUUGAGACGAGAUAACACUCACUCCUUCAAGGUCGAAACAAGUUUUCUAUUGAAAGCCUCCAUUUUGUACGAUUUUAAACUUCAGCCCUUUCAAGAUGCCAUUUCCAGUCAUAGAUAUUUCCAAUAUUGACGACCCUCAACAUCAACUCACGAUAGCACAGCAAAUUACGGACGCCUGUAAGCAAUGGGGAUUUCUUCUCAUCAAAGGUCACCCCAUCCCGCCGAGUGACAUCCAAGAGAUGUUCUCCCUUGCGAAAGACUUCUUCUCGCUUCUAGACAACGAAAAAGACCCAUGGCCUAUCAACAAGAAUCAAAUCGGCUACAUGGGAUCUUUCAGAGACAAAAACAAUGACGAUAAGAUGUCGAUGUGGUUCGGAGGUCUUCCCGGCGCACUCGAAAACAACAGUGAAGCUCUCCCUCCAUUUUGGCACACCAAAACCCAGAGAAUCGAGGCUUUCAAACAUGAAUGCCAUGCUCUGGUUCUCAAGCUUCUUGUCUGCUUCGCUAUUGCCAUGGAUCUGCCAGACAACGACUUCUUCGCGAAGGCACAUCGCGAAAAUAUAGGUAGAGGCAACAGCUUGAGGAUGUUGAUGUAUCCCGCACGAGACAAGAAGCCGAAAGAUGUUGGCUCGAGAAUGGGACAGCACACAGAUUCGGGAUCAGUGACUCUUCUGUUCCAGCAGGCAGCUGGCCUUGAGGUUCUUGCGCCAAGUGGAGAGUGGGUGAAGGCACCUUGUGAGAGAGAUUGCAUUCUGAUCAAUCUCGGAGAUGCACUUUCGUUUUGGUCCGGAAAUCAAUUGAAGGCUACGUUACACAGAGUUACGUUUGAUGGACUGCCGCAUGACAAAGAACGUCAGUCAAUGGCUUAUUUUGGGGCUGCAAAUCCAGAUACAGUGCUGCAGCCAUUGUUGUCAGGUGUGACGAUGGGAAAAUAUUAUUCUAAUGGGUUGUGCGUUGAGCCUGGGAUCACCGUGGGGGAGUUGAACAAGCAGAUAAUGACUAGCAUAUAUGGGCCGGCAGUGGCUGUUUGAAAGGUUUCAAUAGAGAUUACUAUUACAACA